AUGCCCUCCGACGUCGCCACGAUGCGCUACAUACUCUUCUGUCUCCUGUCACUAUCCUUCAACAGAAACUUCGCAUUUGUGCUCGACAAACAAAACCCGUACUCCCAAUUUCGCAAAUGGAACGCCGGCCUGAAUGGUACACUCGAAUUAGAAUUCAAAACUGACCAACCCAACGGUCUACUUUUGUAUACGGAUGACGGUGGCACUUAUGAUUUUUUUGAACUGAAGCUUGUUAAUGGAGCGUUGCGGUUGAGGUAUAAUCUGGGUGGUGGCGCCCAGAUUAUCACUGUGGGCAGCAACCUCAAUGAUGGACACUGGCAUAAAGUUCAGGUGGCGCGUCGCGACGAGCACACGUCGUUAACUGUGGAUGGCAGUACGCAAAGUAAGACGUCGCGAGGCAAGGAGUUUGCGUUUGGGAAGUUUAAUUCAAACUCAGAUGUUUUCGUCGGAGGGAUCCCGCCAUCGUGA